CAGACUACACUGCAGCGCCUCAAAACCAGUACGACCAGAACUUAAAAGCUGCUUACUCCAAGUGGUUGACAUCUUUAGGAACUCUGAAAUUGAUACAACCCUGGUGAUGCAGUUGCUGGUGCACUCUCAGGGCCUCGCUGAGGAUAUUGUAACAUGUGAGACCAACAAAUUUUACACGGAAGUGAUGUAUCAGACAGUUCAUCAGCUGGAGUGGCAACAAAGGACACUCAUGGAAAUGGCAUACAAGGAUCAAGCUCUUAGAUCAACAUCUGGAGUAAAUAGCAUAAGGGAGCAUUCUACCAGUCUGGACUCAGAGAAAACAGCUCGUCGGAGAGUUAUUGAGGCCACAAGAUAUGUACCCAGUGCAGGUGGGCUGGAAACUGUGGCAGGACUUGCAGAAACAAAGAAACUGCUGCAUGAGGCUGUGUUUCUGCCCCUGAAGUUCCCACGUCUCUUCACAGGUGGACUGAAGCCAUGCACUCGUAUCCUGCUGUAUGGACCCCCGGGAACAGGCAAGACAAAGCUGGUCAAUGCAUUUUCUGUGGAGCUGAAUGUUCCACUUUACAGUGUGACGAGCGCUGAUUUGCUGUCUACAUGGGUGGGAGAAACCGAGAAAUUGAUACGGGAACUAUUUGAAUAUACAAGGGACCAAGCUGAGUGUUCUGUGAUAUUCAUAGACGAGGUUGACAGCAUCUGUCGCCAGCGAACAUCCAGAGAGCAGGACUUGACACGCAGGAUGAAGACAGAGCUGCUGACUCAGAUGGACAAGUGCGACAAACAAAUAUUCUUAAUGUGUGCUACCAACUGCCCCUGGGACAUCGACUCUGCAUUCCUCCGACGUUUUCAAAGGCGGAUCUAUGUUCCACUGCCAAAAGAGAAGGACCGAAUGGAGAUCUUCUGUAUCCACACGUCGGGUACUUCCUUGUCUCUAUCAGACAAUGACUGGAAGAUGCUUCUGGAAAAAACUGAUGGUUACUCAGGAUGUGAUCUUGUCAACCUAAUAAGCAGUGCACUCCUAGAACCCAUGCGUGACAUGGUCAAAGCAACCCACUGGGUGACCACUCACACUGGUCAGAUAAAGCCAUGUGCCAGUAACUGUCCGGGUGCUGUUCAGAGCUCACUGUGUGAUCUGCCGGCUGACCAGGUUGUGGCCCGUGAUGUUACACUAGCUGAUUUCCUGACAGCCAUGCGGAACACACACAGGACCAUUAGCAGUGACGAUCUCUCAAAGUUUGAGAGCUUCACUGCAAAGUAUGGGCAGUGUGGGUAGAUCAUGGCAAUCAUCACAGAAAUCUGUACAGACAUUUGAAUUAAAGUAUCCUGUCUCAGCAGAAUUCCAAUUCAAACAUAUCUUCAUUCAGUUGAAUCAAGUUAAAAAUGUUGACAUGAAAUGGGUAUAACCUCUAUAAGAGAAUGUACAUACUCCAAGUUUUGGGUUCCAGUGGCUUUAUUAUAUUUCUUUCUUUCCAUUUUGCUUUUAAGUUUUGCUUCUCUGUAUCCAAAAACUGUGGAAAAAUGAGAGAGCAUGUCUUACACCAACAAAUCGCCAAAUGUUUGUCAUGUCUUGAGAUUCAAUGGUAUCUGCAGUGAGAUACUGUGACCGUGAGCUGAUCGGAAACAUCAUUACAAACAUACCUGCAGUUUACAAUGAUAAGGUCACAGUUUUCACCAGGUGCUGACAAGGGAUUGGAUCUAUGUUGGUGCAAGAACACAACACCAGAGCAUGCUAUUGUCCAACAUGUUUGUGAGUGUGGGUGUUACAAUAUAUAGAUAAACUGUGAUUUGCUGCCAGCUUGUUAUUAAUCUUUGGACUAUACUAAACAAUAUCAAUUAAACAUGGUCAAUAUUCCAUGGAAUGUUCUUCUUUGUCACCCAACUGUUUUAUUUUAACAUGGUUCCCUGUGGCCAUCUUGAGAAAUUACUGCUCUCAUGCUGUAAUUAAAAUUAAAUUAUUAUAUGAAAUUGCUACAGUAAAUAUUGUCAGCCAUGAAACAAAUUUCUAAACUCUUUCAAUGGAACUAUGUCUGCAUACACACAGCAGGAACUAUCAGGAUACCAGUAUUGCAAAAUGUAAUAUUUGAGGUUCUCACAGUGGUGGUUAUGAAAAUUCCUAUCUUCUGGGACACGACAACAUGCAGUGUGUCAAAAACCAACCAACAUGCUUCAUGCUGGUUUCUUGCUUGGCUUGUUCUCGAACCCCGAGGAUCAAGGCAUGACAUUCCUCCAAAACACUGGUCGAUUUUCAAUCGAUUACAUGGCGGUAUAACCCAGAAGACAGUAUUCUUCAACAUUAGAACAUUUUGCUGUGCGAGGUAACGUUAUUAAAAAAAAAAAACUAGGAUAAAGAAAUUUUUAAAAAUGGUAAUGUUUGGCGCAAACCAAGCAUUGCUUGAAAAAAAAA